CGGGGCUGAGGAAAGCUGCGGGGAAUGCGCCGGGGGAGGACUCACCGCCGCUGUCGCUCGGCGGCUGCGCCGUGAGGCGCAGCCGGCGCCCGGGGAAGGCCCGUCCCCGCGCUCAGCCGCGGGACGGUGGCGCAGGCGCGGGGCGGGGGCGGUGCCCGCCCCUCAGCUAUGGCGGACGAGGAGCUGGAGGCCCUGCGGCAGCAGCGUCUGGCCGAGCUACAGGCCAAGCACGGGGAUCCUUCCAGUGAUCCAUCGCAACAGGAAGCAAAACAGAGGGAAGCAGAGAUAAGAAAUACUAUUUUAGCUCAAGUACUUGAUCAAGCAGCUCGUGCAAGAUUAAGUAAUUUAGCACUUGUGAAACCAGACAAAGCAAAAGCAGUAGAGAACUAUCUCAUACAGAUGGCAAGAUUUGGACAGCUAGCUGGAAAGGUAUCAGAACAAGGUUUGAUAGAAAUACUUGAAAAAGUGAGUCAGCAAACAGAAAAGAAAACAACAGUAAAGUUCAACAGAAGGAAAGUAUUGGAUUCUGAUGAAGAGGAUGAUUAUUAAUACCACCAUAAGACUGGCUGCCAAACAAAAGGCCUGGAAAAAGGCAACAUUCUGUAAUCAGGCAGAAUGCAAAAUCUGAAAAUGUUUACGCUUCUUUUUUUUUUUAUAUAUCUAUAAAAAGGCAAACAAAUGAACUUGUAAAGUAAAUCUGAGAAGGGGAUUUUGUAACUUAAAUUUUUGUAGUCUAAGAGGCUGAGCAGUGGGACUCCCCCCUGCUUUGUUAGCAUGAAUGUUUUGUUGCCCCUUACUCAGCGUGUAAGCUAUGCUUUCAGCACCUGCACACAUUUAACUUGCUGCUGCUGGAGAUACCGUAAUGUGAGGAGGAGCCAAGCGUGAAGCACAGAACAGCCGCUCUCUCUGGGAGUUGAGAGACUUACCUCCAGGCUGUAAUCACAGAAGUGCUAAGAACGAGAUUGCCUGAGCCCCUGCAGGGAGCCUGUCCAGCUGCUCACUGGCUCUCAAGUCCUUACCGGAAAUCUAUAAAAUUAAGUGAAGGUAUCAAAGUAGUGUUUGGAUCACAGACCUUCAUGUCAGGCAGUCUGUAUAAAGAAACUAACCAGCAUACAAUUGAACUGUUCCCCUAUGAAAUUAUCAAGCCAUCUCAAGCAAGUUAACUGUGUAAUACAGCACUGUUCAGACACUCGGUAUCGUAUAUUCUUAAAACUACCUCCAUUUUUAUCAAAUGGCUGGAGCGUUUCUUACCUUGAAAAAAACAUUUUCCUAAACUUUCUGCAACUCCUGCAUGCAUAAAGUAAAACUGAACUUGUGCUAUAUGUUUAUUCAAAAUAUGGUUAUGGAAAUACAUAGGAUAAAUACUGUAAUGUGCUGAUAAACACUCUACCAUCACAAAACCCUUUUCUGGCAAAACAAGAACAUGUAUGAUCCCAACUGCAGUGUUUUUCGGAACUGAAUAAAGUUGUUCAAAGUGA